AUGGCCACCAAGACUGUCACGUUAAAAGGAGUCGAGGGACGCUCGAUUGAGAUCCCAACCGGAUUGUUUAUCAACAAUGAGUUUGUUCCGUCCUUGACUGGAAACACGCUGGAGACAACCAAUCCUGCAAAUGGAGAGCUUUUAGCAACCGUUGCAGCAGCCAGCGAAAAGGAUAUCGACACGGCGGUCCAAUCCGCGAAAAAUGCAUUUCACACGACAUGGAAAGCGACACCCGCCACCACACGACAAUCCUUGAUGCUGAAGCUUGCAGACCUCAUUGAACGAGACGGCGAUGUUCUUGCGACUCUCGAGGCCCUUGAUGGCGGUAUUCUUUUGAGCGGCUCGAAGAUGAUGCACAUUCCUCAUUCCGCUGCGGCGCUGAGAUACUUUGCUGGUUGGGCAGACAAAAUCGACGGAAAAUCCCUUGUCAUCCCCGAUGGGAUGGCCUAUACCCACAGGGAGCCCCUGGGUCUCUCUGAGCUGAUUAGAGAGGCCGGGUUUCCAGCGGGCGUUGUAAACAUCGUGACCGGCCUUGGUCCCGUCGCAGGUAGGGCACUUUCCGAACAUAUGGAAGUAAGGAAAAUUGCGUUCACAGGUAGUACCUUGACUGGGCGCGCCAUUCUGAAGGCCGCUGCAUCUUCGAAUUUGAAAAAGGUCUCGUUGGAACUAGGUGGAAAGGGCCCAACCAUUAUUUUCGACGAUGCGGAUCUCGAAAAUGCCGUGUUUUGGGCCUCUACCGCCAUUACAGCCCACAAUGGUCAAAUCUGUGCGGCAGGGUCAAGAAUAUAUGUUCAAGAGGGUAUCUAUGACAAAUUCAUUGCUGCAUUUACCGCUGCGUCCUCAAAGGCUAUCGCAGGCGAUCCUCUGUUGAGCACUACCACCAAAGGCCCUAUUGUCAGUGCCGGUCAGCAUUCAAAAAUCAUGGGAUAUAUUAAAAAGGGCCAAGAGGAAGGUGCUCGUCUCUUGCACGGUGGAGGCCAACCAGCCAAUGGCUACAUCGAAAACACAGCCUUUGUUGAUGUUCAAGAGGAUAUGACGAUCAUGAAGGAAGAAAUUUUUGGCCCUGUUGCUGCCAUUUCCAAAUUCAAAACAGAGAGUGAGGUCAUCCAAAAGGCAAAUAAUACCGAAUACGGGUUAAGCAGCGCUAUUUUUACCGAUAACGUCUCAAGGGCUGAUCGUGUCAGCCGGGCAUUGGAAUGCGGACAGGUUACAGUCAACGCAUGGGCUAUGAUGCAUCCAAACGUACCGUUCGGCGGUACCAAGAUGAGCGGGUUUGGGAAGGACUUGGGAGAAGAAUCGUUGGAUGGCUGGACUACCACCAAAGCCAUCAAAUACAACAUCCUCCCGGAAACACCUGGCCGACCGUGA